GCGGGGCGGGUGGGCGCGCUGGCCAUGCUCCUGGACGCGGGGCCGCAGUUCCCGGCCAUCGGGGUGGGUAGCUUCGCGCGCCACCAUCACCAUUCGGCCGCGGCGGCGGCGGCGGCUGCUGCCGAGAUGCAGGACCGCGAACUGAGUCUGGCCGCGGCGCAGAACGGCUUCGUGGACUCGGCCGCCGCGCACAUGGGCGCCUUCAAGCUCAACCCAGGCGCGCACGAGCUGUCCCCCGGCCAGAGUUCGGCGUUCACGUCGCAGGGCCCCGGCGCCUACCCCGGCUCUGCUGCGGCUGCCGCCGCCGCCGCCGCGCUCGGGCCCCAUGCAGCGCACGUCGGCUCCUACUCUGGGCCGCCUUUCAACUCCACCCGGGACUUCCUGUUCCGCAGCCGCGGCUUCGGGGAUUCGGCGCCGGGCGGCGGACAGCAUGGGCUGUUUGGGCCAGGAGCCGGCGGCCUGCACCAUGCGCACUCGGACGCGCAGGGUCACCUCCUCUUUCCUGGCCUCCCGGAGCAGCACGGGCCGCACGGCUCUCAGAAUGUGCUCAACGGGCAGAUGCGCCUGGGGCUGCCGGGCGAGGUAUUCGGGCGCUCGGAGCAGUACCGCCAGGUGGCCAGCCCGCGGACCGACCCCUACUCAGCGGCGCAGCUCCACAACCAGUACGGCCCCAUGAAUAUGAACAUGGGUAUGAACAUGGCAGCGGCCGCGGCCCAUCACCACCACCACCACCACCACCCUGGUGCCUUUUUCCGCUACAUGCGGCAGCAGUGCAUCAAGCAGGAGCUCAUCUGCAAGUGGAUCGACCCGGAGCAGCUGAGCAACCCCAAGAAGAGCUGCAACAAAACUUUCAGCACCAUGCACGAGCUGGUGACCCACGUUUCCGUGGAGCACGUCGGCGGCCCGGAACAGAGCAACCACGUCUGCUUCUGGGAGGAGUGUCCGCGCGAGGGUAAACCCUUCAAGGCCAAAUACAAACUGGUCAACCACAUCCGCGUGCACACAGGCGAGAAACCCUUCCCCUGCCCCUUCCCGGGCUGCGGCAAGGUCUUUGCGCGCUCCGAGAACCUCAAGAUCCACAAAAGGACCCACACAGGGGAGAAGCCGUUCCAGUGUGAGUUCGAGGGCUGCGACCGGCGCUUCGCCAACAGCAGCGACAGGAAGAAGCACAUGCACGUCCACACCUCCGAUAAGCCCUAUCUGUGCAAGAUGUGCGACAAGUCCUACACGCACCCCAGCUCGCUGCGGAAACACAUGAAGGUCCAUGAGUCCUCUCCGCAGGGCUCCGAGUCCUCCCCAGCCGCCAGCUCAGGCUACGAGUCGUCCACGCCCCCGGGGCUGGUGUCCCCCAGUGCCGAGCCCCAGAGCAGCGGGACAGCCGGGGGCCACAGCGGCCUCUCCUCCAACUUCAAUGAAUGGUACGUGUGAGAGCCCGGGGCCUCUCUUCCUCUCCCGGUCCCCGCCCUGGCGCAGCCCUCCCGGUGGCGAGCGCUGAGGGCACCCUGUGAUGUGUUGUUAAAAUUAUGAAUCUGAUUUUUAUGAUGAUGAAAAUGAUUUUACCAGCAGAAGGAUUUUUAAAAGUUUGUUUUUGUUUUUGUUUUUAAAUAAUCUAGGCAUGAAAAGCAAAAAUAUCCCUUCCGGAGUCUCCGCUGAAAACAUAAAAUAAG